CCUAACCUUUUUUUUUUCUCUCUCACUCGCACACUUUCUCUCACUUCCCUCACCGAGUACCAAAAAAAUCACUGGCGCUAGGGUUUUAGCGGAGCUUCAGAAGGUGAACUAGGGUUUUUGCCAGAGAUGAAGAUUGUGGAGGACAAAGGCAAAAAGCCGAAACUCGCUGACAAAAGCGAAGACCAAAAUUCCGAUGCAAUCGAUGAGAAGCUCGUCCUUUCCAUCGAGAAAUUGCAGGAGAUGCAAGACGAGCUUGAAAAGAUCAAUGAGGAGGCCAGUGAUAAAGUCUUGGAGGUGGAGCAGAAGUACAAUGAGAUACGCAAGCCAGUGUAUGAUAAGCGGAAUGAUAUCAUAAAAUCUAUUCCUGAUUUUUGGUUAACUGCUUUUCUGAGUCACCCUGCUCUUAGCGAGCUUUUGAGUGAGGAAGAUCAAAAGAUUUUCAAACAUUUAACUUCCCUAGAGGUUGAGGACUUCAAAGAUGUGAAAUCGGGUUACUCAAUCUCAUUUAACUUUAGCCCCAAUCCUUAUUUUGAGGAUACAAAGAUUACCAAGACUUUUAUAUUCCAUGAUGAAGGAACAAAAAUUACUGCUACAUCAAUAAAGUGGAAAGAGGGAAUGGGCAUACCUAAUGGAGUUAGCCAUGAGAAGAAAGGGAACAAGAGGCCUCCAACUGAAGAAAGCUUCUUUAGUUGGUUCAGUGAUACUCAACAGAAAGAUGACAUGGAUGAUAUCCAUGAUGAGAUUGCGGAUAUAAUUAAAGAGGAUUUGUGGCCGAACCCCCUUACAUAUUUCAACAACGAUCCUGAUGAGGAAGAUUUUGAUGAAGAAGCUGACGGAGAGGGAAAGGAUGACAAUGAUUCUGAAGAUGAUGACGAAGAUGAUUCUGAUAAGUCUGAUGGCGAAGGUGACCAACUAGAAGAUGAUGACGAUGAAGGUGACUGCAAGUGAUGUUCUCAUUUGGACGUUGGUGGCCUCUUUUUUGUUGCUCAGCUUUAUGUAAAGUGCUAUGUAGUGGAAGUGGUUGCUAUAAAUUGUCAAAGUAUCUUCAGGUUAUAGAGGAGGUUGACCAUAUUAACUAUUUCCUAAUAGCAAUCUCAAUCGUGUAGUCAAACACACUGCUCUCGUGGUUUUUCUGAACUUCCUUCCUUCGUUCUUUUUUUUUUUUACAUAUUGACCUUUCAUCGCCUCUUACUCCCCGGUUUGUUAUUUUUUGGCCAAUAUUUAUUUACAUAACAAUUAGGUUAUUUUUGUGGUAUCUUCCUCCAUAUAUUAUAUAUACUUAUCGUGAUCA